AAGAAGCGAAGCGAUUGGGGUCGAGUCAAGUCGUGUCAAGUCGAGUUGAGUUGAGUUGAGUUCAGGUUGAUUCGGGAAUGGUUUGAACCUAAUCAACCCAAUCUUGGCAUCCUCAGUCCCUCUCAUCCCAUCCCAUCAUCUUAUCCCAUCCCAGCCCAUCAACUCCGGCUUCUGGCGUGACUUGACCACUCCUCCUCCAUCGACCACAUCUUGCAGUUCGACUUGCUGCACCGCAUCACUCGUUCGUCCACAUUUGGUUGCCCUGCGGGUAGUCAUCCUAAUCAUCAACAACCACAACCCCCUUUGGCAGUUUGAACGCGCCCACUUGCUGGACAAGAUCUCGGUCCGCGUUCUUGAUCCCUAAAUACCUUCCCCUGCCUUGAGCUGCGACCCAGCAUCCUGUUCCCAGGCAUCGACCCAUCCUUGCUUCCGUGGCUCUCGUCUGAGCUUUCCUCCCUGUCGUUUGUCGCGACUUGAUCUUAUCAACUCUUGCCCUUUACCCACCACACACAUCCUGCCAUGGCGCAGGGAACUCAGUCGAUCAAAUGCGUGGUGACGGGCGACGGUGCCGUGGGCAAGACGUGUCUACUCAUCUCAUACACCACGAAUGCUUUCCCGGGCGAGUACAUCCCGACCGUCUUUGAUAACUACUCGGCUAGCGUCAUGGUGGAUGGAAAACCCGUGUCACUGGGUUUGUGGGAUACGGCUGGUCAAGAGGACUACGACCGACUCCGGCCGCUGUCAUAUCCCCAGACUGACGUAUUCCUGAUAUGUUUCUCUAUCGUCUCUCCUCCUAGUUUCGACAAUGUCAAAGCAAAGUGGUACCCCGAAAUCGAGCACCAUGCGCCAAAUGUUCCUAUCAUUCUAGUUGGUACCAAGUUGGAUUUACGAGAAGACAAAGGCACGGCAGAUAAUCUGAGGGCGAAAAAGAUGGAGCCCGUAUCAUACGAACAGGCCCUGUCGGUGGCCAAGGAGAUUAGAGCGGUCAAGUAUCUCGAAUGCUCCGCUUUGACCCAGCGAAAUCUCAAAAGCGUCUUUGAUGAAGCUAUUAGAGCGGUCCUGAACCCCCGGCCCACAGCCACCAAGAAAAAGUCUCGGUGCACCAUCUUGUGAAUGUUUUCAAGCGAGCCACUAUUCAUCUUUUUGGCGAGGAUGCACGUAGAAAAAGACGGAUAGGGAUUUGGCUGCUUCGAUGCACUCCACAUGCUGGCUCUUGACCGGUCGGGGGCAUGGGAAAAGCCGCACUCAGCAGUCUUGGACGGACAUCCACGUCUCCUCUUUUUAACACAUUUCCCACAUAAAUCGGUCCAGCAACAUACUUUUGGCCAAGGAACAGACGGCGUCGAGUUAGGAAGGUGUGGCAUCUGAGGAUUUGUUAAAGUCGAAUCUGAUUGAGUUUAUCCCCGGCAACAGCGAGACGUCUUCUGUGCAGUGGUGAAACCGGGCGCAACCAGACCGCAUCAAUAUCUCAUCUGCGCCAGACGACUGGGAUGGAUGUCACCGUUAUCUGGUUGGGCUGUGUUCGCGCCGGUCGAGACAACCUCCUUCUUUUGCGGAACCCCUUCCCCCCUUUCCUUCAUCUCUUUGAUCCUGCGCCGCUCUCGUUGCUCGCUAAGCUUCUUAUUCUUGCUUUCAAUCCGAUCCCUUCUCC